AUGGAGGAAGAAGAUGUGUUUUGGCGACCAAACUUCUUUCCAGCUCAAGUCUUCUUUCGUGUGGAUGCGCCUUCUGCACCGUGCACCAUCCCUUAUCAGCCGAAGCAAAGCGCCGAUCUGAAAGUUGAUCCUCUCCACUCCCGCAGUCGCCUCGCAGCCUGUCAUCUUCAUCUCGGAGAGUUUCUGAAACUAAUCCUCGGAGUCAACAUGCCGCAAGAUGCGCUUCUUGCUAUCUGUGCUUUGCUCCCUCUCAGAGAGCGUCGGGCUUUCAGCUGUUUGGCCCGACAGUUCCGCUUGGCAACCACGCUCACUUGGAGUGACGACCCUGUGGAGAACGACACGACUCUCUUGAGCAUCAUGCGGAAAGAUCAGCCGGAGUUUCUGUCCAGAGCUAUCAAGGAUUCCGGCACAAGCAAAGAUUCGCUCGGACGGAUUCUCGUGCAUGCGACUGAUGGAGGCAGAGUCUACCGUCGCCACCGAUGCUGCAGACUUCUGGGUGAGAUGGGUGCAGAAGUUCGUUGUGAAGAUGCUGUCAGGGUGACAGGUGGACUGCUCGGCUAUCACGAUGGUGUGUAUGUUCGGAAGCUCGGGCAAAGCCGGCUUGCGUAUAUCGGCAGCGAUAGCAUUUUGGCCUUAGAGGAGCCCUCCGAGAACUUGUUCCGCCGGAUUGAGCAAGGUUUCAAGAUCAGCCCAGACAGAACCGCGAAGGAUAAAAUCUGGUGCCAUUUGGACGAUGGAGGCUUGAACCUGGCCCAUGUUGCAUUCUCGGCCAGCACCGUACCGCCCUCUGACGGAUGGCAUGCAGAAGCGGACUCACCACGGGUGAUCCCUACCAUACGUGUCCAGCCGUUGCGUCUCGAAGACCUGCUGUAUUCCGGCCCGGCGAGUAGUGGCCCAAUUCUGGACAGAAGGGAGGUUCGCAUCUCAUUCGCCAGGCCGCUUCAUUGGAUCCCCGCAAGUGACCGGUCCGAGGCAUCUGGACUCUAA